GGCACAUAUAUAAAAAGGGACAGCCUAAACCCUUGACUAUAGGAAAUCACAAGGCUUCCAAUCAACAACCAGAAAUGGCAUCUUACAAGACUCUGUUCGUCCUCUUCGUGGCCCUCUUCGCCGUAGCCUUCGCUACCGAAGAAGCCCGUGGUAAGAGAGGAGUCUUCUAUGGUGGAUACGGUGCCUACCCAUACUCUUCCUACGGAUACCACGGUUUGGGUUACUCUGGUCUUGGUUACUCCGGCUUGGGAUACGGAUACGGUCUUGGCUACCACAGUGCCGGAUACUCUGGUCUUGGAUACCACGGUCUUGGCUACUCCUAUCUCCACUAAAUAGCGGCAAGGUAUUCCAGUGGCUGACUUUCCUCAAACCCAAGUCCGAAGAAACUUUGGAUAUCAACUUUACAGACCAUCCAUAAACGGUACUUGUAAAUAGCUAUUUGUGAGCAUUUUCGAAAAUCAGAAUAAACCUAUUUCUACAACUUAA